UCUCCUCCCUCCCACAUACAGUAUUGUAACAGGACAGGCAGGUGUUAUGGUAUCUACGAUAUGAUGCCGCCAAUGUAUCACUUGGACUAGUGUGGACCAAGCGAGCGACAGGAGUCAUGAAUCGGAUACACGAGUGGGGCUUCACGCCCAAGCAAAUGAGCCUGGAGGAGGACUUCUUCAUCGACUACGGCGAGGAGGAGGAAAUAGUCUCUUACCAAGACCCCGGUCAACUUGUGGCGGCUUUGAAACAAAAGGAGGAAGAGGUUAUUUUGGCAGCCCAGCUGGGGAACGCGUUGCUCCUGGAAAACCGUCAGCUAAAAGAACAGAGCGACAAACUCCAUGAGCAGUACGCCGAUAAGCUGGAGGAGCUGAAGCAGGGCAGGCACGAGCUACGCUUGAAGCUGGAGAGCUGCCAGUCCCAGUGGGAGAGUCAGGUGGGCUACCUGGAGAGGGAUGUGAGGGAGCUGAGCUCUCAGGUGCAGCACCUUGCUCAGGCCCUGUGCCAAGCCGAGAGGGACAAGACGCGAGCUCAGCUGGAGAACAGCGAGAGCACACAGAAACUGAAGGAGCAGCUAAACACUGCGAUGGAGGUGGAGAGGGUCAUGUCCAGUGAACUCCAGACGCUAAAACAGGACCUGCAACAAAAAGCAAACCACAGUCGGCCUCAGGAUGAGGAGUUGAUCAGCGCCAUGAAGGAGCAGGUUUUGCGUCUCACCCAGAGGGAACAGGCAUUGGAGGAACGUUUGGAGAACCUUUGUCAGGAGAACAGAGACCUGAGAGCCAACUUGGCCUCUUUAAACACACGUCUGGCCAUACACGACCAACUCAACCAGCAGCACAGCCAACAGUUAGUUGAAGCGCGACAGGAGGUGGAGCUGGCACGGGGCCGCUCACAGCAGCUUCAAACACAGGUGGAUGAGCUUAUGGAGGAGGUGACCCUCCAAGAAUCCAAGAACCUCGGAGAUGCUUCUCUCCUGUCAGAGUUAGACAUGGCUGACUUGGGCGUCAGUAAAGAAGAGCUCACAGAAGAACUUGGUUGCAUCCUGCAGAUACUACUGCCACUGACCCAGGAACAGAACAGUGCAGGCUGUUCUGAUGAUACGGCUCACGAGGAGAGCUUGAAUGUUGUUCUGCAACAGUUGAAGACUGCGGCUCAAUCUCUGGUACAGGCCUCUGGGGCACAGGCCUCCCAUCUGCGGCAGGAGAAUGCUGAAAUGAGACAAAGUCUGCAGAGCGUCCACGAGCAGACUGAAGUCAUCCGACAAGCCAUCAGAGACAGAGAUGAAGCCAUUGCCAAGAAAAAUCUGAUGGAGGCUGAGUUGGUCCGAAGUAAAAACGACAUGAUGUCUCUUAACAAUCAAUUAUUAGACGCUAUCCAGCGUAAACUGGAGCUUUCACAGGAACUGGAAGCCUGGCAGGACGACAUCCAGAUUGUCAUCAACCAGCAGCUGAGGUCCCAGCAGCAGUCAGAGCAACCACAGAAGAAGAUGCCCCCACAUGGCAUGUCCUUCUUUCGUAAGCCCAGCAAGACCGUUUUCCCUUGGAGCGUAGAUGCCAAUCAAGACAAGGUCCAGUCACCUUGGAGGGACUGGCUAAGACGAGGCAAAGGCCUAUCGUAUAGCAAAUAAGACUGUACCUAAUGGCUGCUCAGGACAAGCAGCGGAAAGUAAUGGAGGGAAUCGUGUGUGGUGCAAGGUAGCCAUAAAGACACUGAACAACAGAGCACACUUACACAAAGCUAGCCUUCUUACACUGUGACAAACCUGCAAUAUGUUUUUUUUUUUUAUUGGGUUUGGCUUAAGAUUGUAAAUAUUGUGUAUUCAUUUUGAAAUAUUGGUGAUUUUGGAAAAGUUUGAGGCAUUGUAUGAUGUGCGACAGAGGCAGCUGAGGUUUUGCUGACCUUAAUUAAAAAAAAAAACAGAUGGGAAAGGGACAAAAGAAUUAUUAUUUUCACUGUACUGUGGUUUGUUGUUUUUUUACACACAAGUUAAAUGUACACGUUACAUUGUCUUAUUAGUUUGUCAAGAAGCAAGGUGAGAGAUUCUGGAAACAUUUGGUACAGUGUUCCCUCGUUUAUCGCGGGGCAUAGGUUCCCAAAAUAGCCUGCAAUAAAUGAAACCCAUGAAGUAGCCAACUUAUUAAAUAUGUUUUAAGGCUGUAAAACCCCUCACCAUACACUUUAUACACUUUUCACUUUAUACACUUUUUUGUUUCUCAGACAGGCAAUAACAUUGUCUCACAUUUCUCUCUUGUUUAAGCCUUCUCAAAAAAGUCCAAACCUCCAUUUGGAUUUUAAUUCAUACUGUAAUAAACCAAUAAAGAAGUACAAAAAAAAAAUCAUCAAAUGUGCAAAAGGUGAACCGCGAUAGAGCAAGGGAACACUGUAUUGACAAAGCUCUUAUUUUUUGGACCAUUUUGUUUAUGUUGGUUCAUGUAAAAGAAAUACAACAAAAGUCAUCUACAGUGUAUCUAAUGGCAAAAUACACUAUAAGUACAUCUGGAAUGGUUCCUAAAUUUGAUGAAAUAUGGAUUAAACGUUUUGUGGUAUGUUUAAUGUGGUCGUAGUGACAUGAGAAUACACGUCUUGUUCAUCAUGUGGCAACUCUGCUCUUGCCUUACGGCAAAUAAUGAUAAUCAUCAUUGAAAUGUAGAUAUUUUAUAAUGUUUUAACCCCUAGUUUUAUAUUUAUCGUACUGACAUGAAUAUGAGAUUACACUGAAUAUGAGACGACCCCUGUUUUUCGAGAUAAAGACAAAAAAAAAAAUCAUUUGAAAACCUUGUUUUCGUUGUCAGUAAAAUAACUGGUAGAUUGCAAUAAACUG